AUGGCUCGUAAGGAGAAAAAGAAGCCAGUGCCGGGGGACAUGAUCAGAAUAGAGAGGAAGCUCUACUCGCACUGGGGGGUGUGUGUGUCCAAAGACAGGAUGGUCCACCUGUCCCCACCCGGACAGAACAAUGAACUGAACAUGAUCAAGAGUCUGGGCAUGGCCAUGAAUGUACAGGUGAUGGUGUCGAAGAUAGAGGAUGUGGCACAGGGCAAUGUGUACUACGCCGACAACUACCUCGAUGGGGAGGAGGGCUUCAACCCCCACCCAGUGAAAGACAUAGUGGGUUAUGCGAUGCACCAGGUGGAGGAGCCAGAGCAGGACUUUGACCUAGUCUGGAACAACUGCGAGAAGUUCGCCAUCAUGUGCAGGUACCGUGAGUACCACCCGGGCAAGCAGGCUGAGAGGGGCAUUCUGGCAUCAGUGGCCACAGCCGCCGGACUAGUGGCAGCCUCAGCCACUGCUCUCGUCGCCAUGAUCCUGUUCCGAUGA